UUGUAAGAGUUAAAAUAUUUUUCGAAGAUGUGAAUUUGUCCAUUUUUUCUAAAAUUCUUUAUAUGUAUACAUAUGAUAUUCGAUAAGAUUUGAAGAAAACUUGCAAGAUCUGAUCUUUAUAACAUAUUUCUCAGGAAUCUUAAUAAAUGUAAAAUAUAAAAAAUUGUUUAAAAUUUGUUGUAUGAAACAACAAAAAUACAUUCAGUGGGUUUCUAUUCCUUGUUGCUUUAUAGGACAGAGGAUUUCGCUAGUAUGCCAGCAGGCGAAUCUAAUAUCGAGCGAACACAAGGUACCUCCACGAGUCAACAGACAUCAACGACAAAUGUGGGCGGCACUUUCACAUGUUCCUUUUGCCCUUUAAAGGAACACUACGAUUACAAAGGUGCAAAACCGCCGUUCGCUCGGCAGUUGGUUUACUUGGAGGAAUGUUACAUUAUGAAAGAUCCGUUCAGCUUGCCAAACAGAGGCGAGGUCUUAGUCUUGGGUGCUGAUUGCAGCAUGUGCGGACACGCUGUAUGUCUGGGAUGCAGUAUAUUUUACACCAAACGAUUCUGUCCGAAGUGCGCGUCCAGUAAUAUGCAGUAUUUACCACCCCAGCUACACGGUAAAAUCAGAAAUUUAACGAAACAGACCGAUUCUUAAGAAUAAAUGUAAAUUUCUUAUCAAAUAUUAUUUAUUAAAAAGAUAAUAACACAGCGUUGCAUUAUAACGAGAAGAAAUAUAUUUAUAUACAUACAUAUUAAAA